GGGCAUUGGAUUGGAGAUCAAGAUACAUCACUCGUUAGAGCAAGUAAUUCCAUUAGUAUCUUUUAUGAGGAGAAGGAUGGGUGCCCUUCCCAUGGGCGACCCGAGGUUCAACCUUCAAGGAAGCAAGGAUCAAGGAGCUGUACUUGAGGAGAUCGUAGGGCUCAUCAGGGUCUACAAGAACGGCCACGUAGAUCGCCUCCCGGCGGUCUCCGACGUGCCGUGCACAUGGGCCCCCGAGGCCAACGUUACCAGUAGGGACGUGGUCAUCAACCAUUCCACGGGCGUGUGGGCUCGGUUCUACGUGCCCAACAAGGCCCAAGGGCGGCUCCCCUUGCUCCUCUACUUCCAUGGCGGUGGCUUCUGCGUCGGCUCCGCUGCAUGGAGCUGCUACCACGAAUUCCUGGCUCGCCUGGCCUCCAGAGCCGGCUGCCUCAUCAUGUCCGUCAACUAUCGCCUUGCUCCGGAGAACCGCCUCCCUGCGGCCUACGAGGAUGGUCUCGCUGCGACCAGGUGGGUGAGGCAGCAGGCAAGCUACGGCGGCUCCGAUGAAUUCAACUGGUGGAGAACGCACUGCAACUUCGCUCGGGUGUUUCUCGGUGGCGACAGCGCCGGCGCCUCCAUAGCGCACAGCGUGGCCGCGCAGUUGGGAUCUCUUGGCGAUCCCGAGACCGUCCUGAAGCCCGUCUGCCUCAGAGGAGUCAUUCUCAUCCAACCUUUCUUCGGCGGCGAGGCGCGAACCGAAUCCGAGAGGAACCUGGUGCAAGCUUCGAGAUCGGCACUUAGCCUGACGACGUCGGAUUGUUAUUGGAGGAUGGCGCUGCCCUUGGGCUGCAACCGUGACCACCCGUGGUGCAAUCCCUUGGCGAAGAGCGCCCCCAGGCUGGAGGGCUUGAAGCUUCCUCCUGUUCUGGUGUGCAUAUCGGAGAUGGACAUAUUGAGGGACAGGAAUCAGGAGUUCUGCAAGGCCCUCAGGAGCGCAGGGAAGAGUGUGGAGCAAGCGAUGUACGCAGGAGUGGGGCAUGCCUUCCAAGUUCUCCACAACUAUCAUAUGUCCCAAGCCCGGACCCAUGAGAUGUUAGCACACAUCAAAGCCUUCAUUAGCAGUAGAUGAAAGGAAUCAAAGCGGUGGUUUCCUUUGCAGAUUUAAAUGUCUCUCUGUAUCAUGUACCACAGGCCAGACCUUGAGAGUGAAAAAUUACCGUGUUUACAUGGUUAAUAGAUCUGAAUAUCCGAAAGAUGCCUUUCAUAGUCCAGAUGAUUUACUACAAUUACUG